AUCAAAACAUUUCUCUCUCAUCCUCAUCUAUCUUUCUAACUGGUUUUUACGUACCAUUCUCCUUCCAUUUCCUAUUUCCCAUCGGAAAACCCUAGUUUCAACUUGUAGCAUCCUCCAUUCCAAGUAUGAUAGAUAUAGAUCAGGAGGUAUUUUGAUCACCUUAUUUGAUUCUCGUUAAUUACUUAAAACUAUCGCUUAAGUAUUUCGAAUGGUUCAUCCGCACCAAGGAUUUUUAUGCUCACAUGCUGUUAGCUCAAUUGGAUUUCAAAUAAAUCUCUUAAAUCAAGCCCUUAAUUUUCCUGACUGCGUUGAAUUGCUUUGUUUCAUCGGUUACUUUGAUCCUUGCAAGGUCCAAAACCAUCUCUAUCGAUGAAUCAGACCAUAUACCAAAACGCAUGUUGUCUUCACGUUGCUCUAUUGCUUUAUUGUCACUGUUGAUCGUAAGGAUUUAUGAAUCAGAUUUCGGAUUUGGGCUACCCUUUGAUCAUAUUCAAAACUCCCAAGUAAAACUGUUCGUGUUGCUUUCUUAAAGUUUUUCUUUUGCAGGCAGGACUUUUGUUUUAGAUUGUCAAUAGUGUAAUGCAGAGAUAAUGGAAGCUAAUGGAUGCGAUGUUAAUAAUUUGGAUGUUAAUAAUUUGGAUAAUGACGUGCUUUUGCCGCCAAGGAAGAGGCUUCUAGCCGGAUUGAAGAAACAGAACUGUGAUAUCAAUCCACAAUCCCCAUCCUCAUCAUAUGACAUGGGCAAUAAUGUUGCUGGUAUUGAGUUUGUCACCCGUCUAAAUAAAUUAUUGAGAUCUCAUUUGAGUAACCACAGUCUUUCAAAUGAAGAGAUCAUUGAGGCCUCAAGAGUUGAAGCUGUUGAAGCAGCUAAGGCUGCAAGAAAUGCCAGAGCUUUUGCUGAAGAAAAAGCUGCAAAGGCAGCAAAAGCAAUAACGGCCGCUAAGGCUGCUUUAGAAUUAGUCACUAAUAGUGAUGAAGAAGCCGCUACUAGAAAUAGUCAGUCAAAGAAGAACAAGAUGAAGAAGCAUGUUGCAGUUCAUACAUUGUACAAUAAGAAUAAAGGGGCUGGAAGUUGUAUGACGGAUGAAGAACUGGCUAAGAAGUUGCAUAGGGCCAUAAACAGUUCCUCCAGAACUCACAAGCAACACAAGAGGCUCAAAACUUUGCCUCUGUGUGAAACAUCUAAGGUUUCUUCUACUUCUAUUGAAAGAAUAAUUCAAUCUGAUAGAUCAAAGAUGGAUAACGGAGAAGAGUUACAAGUUAAUAAGUCCAACUUCAUUGUGGUGGAAAGUGGGAAAGAAGUGGCAAAUGGCUUAAAGAAAGUAGAUGAAGAAUAUGUGCACAAUGUUUGUAGUGUUGGGAAAAAGAAAGGAAGGUUUAAACAGAAAAAGUUACCCCUUAGCAUCUGUAAUUUUAGGGAUCAAGCAAGCCCCCAAGAAAAAGUGAAAUUUAAAACACCACGUCCAAUUAGAGAGAAUGUGAUCAUGGCCACUUCUACUGCGAUUAACAAUAAAUCCUUAUUUCCUGUUGAGAGAACGCCGACUUGGAAGUGCCAAGCAUUCAAGGAACCUACUACUUGCCUCAACCAUAAUAAUCUCAUGCACUCAUAGUACUUAGAUUUCUAUUUCAAGAGGACCGGCUACCAAGGUGUAAUUUGUUGUCAGAGGGCUCUAAUUAACGUGUGUGGAUUGCUAUUGUUGGGAACUUCUUGUCUUUGCCCGAGGACGUUCCAAGUCAUGGUCAGCAGUUUCUGAAGUGUAAUUUUGGUCACCAUCUACACCAGCAGUAGUUUUUAAAAUGUAUUAAAGUUCCCAGUUUGACUUCACACAGAUUAAGAAAAUAAAUUUGACUUUACUGUGGAGUGCACUGUUUGGUACUGUUUGAACACUGUUUGACACUGUUUGGCACUGUUUUGCACUGUUUUGUUUCCUACAAUGGAAGUGUGAACUUAAAUAAGGGACAUCCCUAAAAGGAAAGUGAGAACUUUAAUACGAACCGGAGGGAGUAAUAGACAAUGAGCAUUUGUGGUUGUUUAUAUACGUAGUAUUUGAUAUAGCUCUGUAAAGAAUCAUUAUAUCAAUUUUUUUUUUCUGACCGCC